GCACGUACACAUUAUUUCCUUCCUCCUAGCUGAACGCUUUCCAACAUGGCUGCUGCUGCACAGUGAAGCAUCUGAAGUGUGUUUAUAUGGAGAGAAAAAGGUGUUUUUUCAGGAUGUGCAGAGACACUCGAAAAUGAGGAAAGGGCUCUGCAUCAACGUUAUGACGCGAUUCCUGUGCAGCACCUGAGGAAGUAAACAAAACCGGAUAUCCCAGAGAGAGUUCUCCCCUUUUCUUCUGUCACACUGGCAAAGGACGCAGUGCAGGAGGUCUUAACAGGCAGAGAACUGCUUUCUCUGUGCGCAUCUUAGCCACUUGAUCUACAGCUGCCGGAAUCAAAGAUGUGUAGCAUCUAGAGCUGGACUUUGUGUGGCAGAACUGACAGAAUUUGCCACAUCUUUGCCUAACAAGGAGCAGAGCAUGUAGAGUGGUUGUGGUUGCCAUGGAGCCAAGGGAUAAGAGACAGGAACAGUGGCAAAAUAGCUUCCUUUACCAUGGUAAUCGUCACUCUUGUGUCCAUUGGCCGGGUGCUGCUCUCACUCUGCUGGUGGUGGUGGGACUCGUCUGUUGCCAUGGUAGCCAGCCGAAGGGGAGUGCUGGUAUAGAGCUCCUGAAUGCCGCUGCUCUCCUUCUCCUCUUGGUGCUGAACCUGUGUCUGGGUGGACGCCAGGAGAGACUGAAGCGAAAUGAGAUGAUAUGGCGCCUAAAGGCCAUCAUCACACAGCUCAGUGAUUACUUGUCAGCCUGUGUUGGUGAAGUGAAAUGGCCUUCAUCUCUCUACCCUGACCUUUACACACCCUCAUCCCCAUCGUGGUCCCUUCACUGGACCUAUCGUGACUCUCAGCUGGUUAACCUGCCUGUCAGUCUACUGGUGGAAGGCGAUAUCAUUGCUUUGAGACCUGGUCAAGAGGCCUUUGCAUCACUUAGAGGCAUUAAGGAUGAUGAGCACAUUGUGCUUGAACCAGGAGAUUUAUUCCCACCAUUCUCCCCUCCUCCUUCACCACGGGCCAAUGAGAAAAGAGGACCCCAGAGUCCCCAGCAACACCGCCUCUUCAGAGUGGUCUGUACUCCAGUCCUGGACACGAUAAGGAACAAUUUGGAGUUGGCCCUGUCUCGCCCAGUCACUGUGCUCGAUAAUGAGAGAUUUACAGUACAGUCGGUUAUCACCAAGCUAGUCUGUCCUGUUGUACUGGUGGCAUUCCUGCUUGUUAACACUAUUCGCUUUCUUCUUACUGCCCCCAGCCUCACUCCUAGAUGCUACAAUUUUGUUCAGCUUCAGCUAAUGGGUGUUCUGCCCAUUUUGCCCCUGCUCUUUCCUAUUAUGUGGGUGCUGGUGAAUGCUUACGGAGAGGCCAGGGUCCUCGCCGAGUUCAGCCGUGUGUCACCAGCUGGCCUGCUUGCUAAGUUCUCUGAGGACACUCUAAGCAGCUACACCGAGAUGGUUUCCUCCCAGGAGAUGCUCCGGUGUGUAUGGAGACACCUGGUUGCUGUCCUGAAGGGAAAAUCUCAGACACUCUGCUGUACUUCCAGCCUUUUACAUACACUGGGAUCUGUCACAGUUCUAUGUUGUGUGGACAAGCAGGGUAUUCUUUCGUGGCCAAAUCCCAGUCCGGAGACUGUGUUGUUCUUUAGUGGACGAGUGGAACCAUCACACAACAGUCAAGAUGACCUCAGAGACAACAUGUCUGUUAACUCAUACUGCCAAAUGGAGAUGGAUGAUGACAGGGAAGAGGGCCAGGAGGCAGAGGCUCUGCUUUGUCUGCAGAAAGAGCCCCCCCCUCAGCUGGGAGUGGGGCCAGAUCCCAGCGAGAUGUCGCACGAAACAGCACUCUCAUCUGACACUCUCCAGAUUCAGCAGCACUGCCAGCCUGUACCCACUUGCACUAAACACCACUCUGGAUCGAAUGUGAGCUUCAGCCAUGACACUGAGGGAGGCGAGGAUGCCCAGACACCGGAUUUUUCACUGGGCUGUCCUGAAGUGGAGGCUGAUGACUUUGUGUGUGACUACCACCUGGAGAUGCUGAGCCUGUCACAAGACCAGCAGAACCCUGCCAGCAUCCAGUUUGAUGACCAAUCCUGGCAGUGCCACCUGCCCUCCCUAAAGCCACUGGGCCUGAAUAUCAUGCUAAACCUCUGCAAUGCCAGUGUCACCAAGCAGCUCUGUCGCUUCUCUGACCAUCUAUCAAACCUGGCUCUGCAGGAGAGCCACGGCACGGUGCUGCCAGUAUAUGUUCCAUGGGGGCUCUGUGAGCUUUCCAGACUUAUAGGGUUCACCCCUGGUGCGAGAGAGUUGUUUAAACAGGAGAACCACUUGACCCUCUACCAGCUGCCAUCUGGAGAGAAGACCAAGGAGUUCACAUCCCACCGCCUUCAUUACUUCACCAAACGCCAGCCUCCCAUCUCCCAUCUCAUCUCUCUGUUCGUACGAGACUCUUCAUCCAAUAAUGUCCAGAUGCUGUCACAUGGUUCAGCUGACCUUAUCCUGGAGGCCUGCACUGACUUCUGGGAUGGAACUGAUAUCUACCCCCUCUCAGGCUCAGACAGAAAGAAGGUCCUGGACUUCUACCAACGUGCCUGUCUGUCAGGUUACUGCUCAGCUUUUGCGUAUAAACCCAUGCAAGUAUCUCUGUCUAGCCAGCUGAAUGGGAAAUGUAUGGAACUGGCUCCUGGUCCCUGUCUGUUUUCUGGACUAGAGUUGCCCUCCACGACUCCCAUCAAACACAACUCCUGCAGGAACAGCUGGAGCUCAGAUGAAGGUAUAGGUGAGGGUGUGGAGCGUGACGACUGUGUUCAGGCCCUAAGCGGGCAGAUCUUUAUGGGAAUGGUGUCAUCCCAGUUCCAGGCAAGGCUAGACACGGUCCGUCUCAUUGAUGCCCUCGUCACUGCUUGCAUCCGCUUUGUUUACUUUUCCAUGGAGGAUGAGCUCCGCAGCAAGGUGUUUGCAGAGAAGAUGGGUUUAGAGACAGGCUGGAACUGUCAUAUCUCUCUGACACCAAACGGAGACGGUCCCUGUGAUGGAGCUCCAUCAAGCCCCAAUCAUGGCUCCCUGCAUGAGGAUUUGAACCAAGAUUCUCGGGAUGAAGCAGAAGGUCCCCUGCUACCAGAAGAGGAAGCCCACUCUGACCUGGCCAGUUUCCAGCCCACAGAUAGCGAUGUCCCCAGCUUCCUGGAGGACUGUAACAGGGCCAAGUUACCUCGUGGGAUCCACCAGGUUCGUCCUCAUUUGAAGAACAUUGAUAAUGUGCCUCUUUUGGUGCCACUCUUCACAGACUGUACGCCUGAAACCAUGUGUGAGAUGAUCACGAUCAUGCAGGAAAACAGGGAGGUUACGUGCUGUCUGGGGAGCGCUGGCAAUUUUCGCAAUAGCCGCCUGUUCCUUCAGAGUGACCUAAGCAUUGCUUUGGACCCUUUGUAUCCAUCUCAGUGUUUGUGGGAGACGUUUGGCUAUGCCACUGGGGGAGGAUUUAAUGGAGAGGUCGAAGGACUGUCUCCAUUGAGGCUGUCUGGACAGCUCAACAGCAUGGGCUGUUCUGUUACCUUCCACCAAGGAGAGAGUGUGAGCAUGGUCAAACUCAUAGAACAGGCACGACACACAACCUACGGCAUUCGCAAGUGCUUCCUCUUUCUGCUGCAGUGUCAACUCAGUCUGGUUAUCAUCCAGUUCUUAGCCUGCUUAGCUCAACUUCCUCCUCCCAUGAACACCACUGACAUCCUCUGGGUGUCAUGCUUCAGCUGCCCUCUGCUAAGUGUGUCACUUUUGGGAAAGCCACCUGAUAGUACAGUUAUGACAGUUGCCACAGGGAAGAACCUGGACGCAAUCCCGAAGAAGACUCAGAACUACUUCCUUGGCUGUUUCCUGUUGAAGUUUGGCCUGACUAUGUGUGCCUACCUGUUGGCCUUUGGGUUUAGCCUACAAGCGGUCUGCCUGAGCAGUUUGUCACACUGCAACCUGAACUCCUCAGACAACACCACUGCCUCCUGUAAUAUAUUUGCAAAGAGCGUUUCACCUAGUGCACCUCAGUGGUUCUUUGAACUGUCUAACGGUCUGCUGAUGACGCAGAAGAUCAUGGCAGGGUUUCUUGUCUUGCACACAGUGGUAAUCUCCCUGAGCUAUGUCCAUCGCUCGCAGCCUUUAUGGAAAAAGAGCCCAUUCAGCAAUACCUGGUGGUGUGUCACUGUACCUGUGGUACUGGUCAGCCAAAUUGUUCAAGCCACAGUGGAUUACCAGUUGUGGUGUGACAAGACAACUGUCCUGUGCUUUAAACUGGCUGACAUACCGCUGGAGGCCUGGCUGCUAGUGUCUGUCUCCCUGCUGCUGGUGGUUGUAGUCAAUGAAGUGGUGAAGCUACAUGAGAUACGGGUGCGAGUUCGGUACCAGAAGAGACAGAAGUUGCAGUUUGAAACAAAGCUUGGAAUGAACUCUCCGUUCUGAAGUCUGUUGGUGGGGCAAUACCAGGAGCCAGCUUGGUGCACAUGCUGUAGCAGACAAUUUAAGCCUAACUGCACUGCGGCCAGGCGGAGCAAAAGUCGAACAACCAUGAGGGCAGUUUGACACAUUUGUUCGAGCUUCUGGGACCGUUUUUUAACAGUUGAUUCAUGACAAAAAGGCAGGGAAAAGAAAGACUCCAAAGAAUCCAAUUUAAUUACAAACAUUUAAAUGAUGUCAGAAGAGUUUGUUGUCUGAACUCUUGAAAGACAUGAAGAAUAAUUUCUGAAGAAGCUCCUGCUUCAUCUUCUUCACAUCUGUUCUACAUCCGAGAAACGUUUUACAUGGGGUCCACUCCAGAAACGUUCCGCUAAAUGCUACUUCACUUUCAGAGGAUCUUAAUGUGACAUCCGCUGAGACAUGUUGAAUUGUUGCAUAUCAUCUGACUAGCUUUGAUGAUUUUUUUUUUUUAACAAGUCAAGUGGGAACACUGGAAAAAAAAAAAGGUACCCGUGGAGCCCCAAAGUUUGUAAUAAUUAUAAAUAUAGGCAUGAGUACUUUUGAAGAACUUAGUUCUAUUUCACUAAAUACAUAAACAAACAGUCGAAUAAACGUUGUUUGUGAAAACAUUUGAGGAGGUAAGAUGCACACUUGAAUGUGUUUUUAUUAAAAAUGGCUAAUUUAUUUUGUAAAGGAGGUUUUCCCAUUUAGAGUUAAAAAGGAAACUAAAGCAUGAAGUGCCACUCAGGUGCUCUCAUAUUUGCUGAUGUGUUUGGGUUUAUUUACUGCACUGUGUAGUUUGUUAGUUGACAGGAACUAUUUAGGUUGUUGAGCUUGUAACAGAGAAUAAGUCUAGAGUCAUGAAGAGCGACAUUAUGCAAUACAACCUGACAAUGAGUCAUUUUUGUACCCCUGAGACAUAAAAGGUUGAUGGGGUAUUGUCGUCAAGGGGAUCAAUGUGGACACCAAAGUUUGGGAAUGUAAUAACUAGAGAAUGUAGCGACACAGGAUUUUUUUAAUUGAUACGUGGGUGUAUCUACUAAAAAUAUUGAAUGAGUUUGAAUCUCAGUAGCCUUAACCUUAAGGUCACAGGUCAAGUUCUCUGAAAAUCUUCAGAAUACAAUUAGUUGAAAACACGUUCCUCAAAAGCCUCAAAAUAAAUUUUGCCAGGGGCAUGUUAACCCUGUGAGUGAUUGAGAAUUAAAAUUGUUUUUCAGAAAAUGUAAAAAUCCCCCCAAAACCUUUGUUUUGAGUUGGAAUUGUGUGUAUAUAAUAUUGUUUUUUUGUUUGUUUUUUAUAUGUAUGGGAAUAAAGUUUAAUUCACAUAUGGCAUGUGCAGGUUGCAAAGUUUGCAAUAUUCAUUGGCUGUCACAGUAGUUGUGAUUAAAAACCUCACUUUAUUCCAUGUGUGUCCUAGGUUUUUGGAAUUUUGUAAAUAUUUGUCAUUGUAAUAAGUAAUAUUGACAGAUUGUUUCAUCCAUUUUUUCCCCGUAUUCGUCCAUUUUGUCAGAGUACCGCAAAAUGUAAGGAUUAGAUUCUCUUGCAGACAAUCACAUGAAUAAAGAAGACAUGCAGUUACACUAUUGUCCAGUGAAGGGCACAGAUCACACACACACACACACACACACACACACACACACACACACACCGCCCUGUGGGCGGUAUUUACCCUUCAACCUGUGAUCAUCUCCCCGUCUGCCCAUUGUUCUCCUGUUACCACAGGUAUCACUGUUGCCUUCACCCUCCUAAUCUUAUCAAUAUGUUACUACAGUCUUCUUCCUCUACUUGUCUACCACUACAAUUUGUGGUUGGUUAGCUAUCACCAGUUUGUUUGUCCCACAGGAAAAAUCCCACAGGAUUUUUGCUCAAUCGCAGCAUUACUUAAAUGAAGAGAGAGAAUGAUUAGGGAAUUAGUUUCAGCUGACCAGCCAGCCUCCUUAGCAUUGCUCCCUGAACCUGCUGCCCCACCCAUCCUCUCUAAAUACCCCACUGCCCGACUUAGGCAAGCUGAGCCAUCUAGCCAGUUCUACCUCCCACCCAUUUUCCCACGAGCUGGAGAAAGCAGCCACGAUUAUCUGUGCCCCUGGCUUAUGGGCCACCUUUAACUUAAAAGGCUGGAGAGCUAAUCUCAGGUGAUCCAGGCAAUGGCGUCCUUCAUACACUGGAGCCAGUGGGACGUGAUCCAAACAAAGUGAAUGGGCAUCUCAGGAAGCCACUGUAUUGCCAAGAACUCUUUUUCAACAGUACCACCUUUCCCGUUCUAACAGGAAAAAGUUAGGGGUGUGCAGCACAGGUUCCCCACAGAGAGCCUUUUUAACCUGCACAAAUGCCACCUGGCACUCCUCCAUCCACUGUAGCAGAUCUUGGACACCUUUUCAGAGAGGUCCGUUAGGGGCUGGUCAGCUCUACAAAGUUCAUAAUGAACCAGUGGUAAUAUCCAGUCAGCCCCAAAACCACCUCAUCUCUUUCUUUUUAUUUCUUUUCUUUUCUUUUUUGUUUGGUCUUGGACAUGUGCAGGCUGUGAUGGUUGUCAUUUUCUCCAUCUGUGGCUGCACCUUCCCGCCUUCCACUGCAAUAACACUGUGUGUAUACAGUCUGUGUUGCAGGGAACUGAUUAUUUUACAGUAUGAUUACACCAACAAACCUGUGCUCUGCUCCAGACAGCUUUACAGCCAUCAGGUCUCCUGCUCAUCUAUCCUUUCCCUCCAGGUCCUGUUGUUACUGAAGUAGGAAGAGCAUGAUUAAGGAAUUAUCCCAGCUCCCCUGCCAGCCUUCCCUGGCUUUUAUUCCAUUCUAAAAGAGGCUGGGGUCAUUGAGUCCAAGUGAGAAUGUUCCACAACUUCCUUGCCUAAGCUACUGCAAGGAAUUGCAGCUGGAAGGUUGUUGGUGCCUGUAGUGGUGGUAAUCCCAGAACCAGGUGGUGGACACCCAACCUAAAGAGAGCUGUCAGACUGAAGGAGUCUUAUCAGGCUUGGCUAGCAUGUAGGAUAACAAAGGCAGCUGAAAGGUACUGGCAUACCAAGCAGUGGCUGAUGCAAAAACUUUGUAUGUACGUGCAAUUUUCUUUUCCCAUUUCCACUCUGUCUUAUUUUAUAAAGUAUGUCCAUGUCAAAAUUGUGUUUUCAUCUGGCAAGCUAACAGAUGUUUAAUAAACUUUUGAUACAUUUUGUUGUUA